AUGCAAAGACUAGAAGAAACAGAACAAGAACGAAAUACAAGAUUACAUUCGCAAGCUGUUAGUGAAAGAACUCGUCGACAACUUCGAAACUUACAAGAAACAGAAGAAGAACGAAAUACAAGAUUACAUUCGGAAGCUAUUAGUCAAAGAACCCGUCGACAAGUUCGAAAGUUACAACAAACAGAAAAACAACGCAUAACAGAUUUGAAUUCAGAAGCUAUUAGUCGACGAACACGACGACAACUUGCUAUUUUGAAAGAAAGCGAAGAACAAUGCAAAAACAGAUUGAAUAAUCAAGCGCUUAUUGCCGCAAAUCGACGACGUACCCGAAAUUUACAGGAAACGGAUGCAAUACGUUCAACAAGACUGAAAAAAGAAGCAACAUACAAAAUGAAUAAAAGACGGACCACACAAGACCUCGAAACAUAUGACGAACGUAUAAAACGCUUAUGGUCUAACACUCAAGCUGAAACGAUCAGAAGAAAUAAACGUCAACAGAAUGAAACUGAAGAAGAACAAAAUUAUCGAAAACUAUGUAAAAGAAAUGCCGAUUUAUCACGUAAUAUAAAUACCAUCCAAUCUGCAACAGAAAUAUGGCCAAAAAUUGCAACAACCCAGAUUAAACAUGCUUGUCUUACUAAGUUCAAAAAUGCUAUGUCAAACGAUGCAGUACAUCAAAUUGUUUGUGCCAUUUGUGCAUGCUUACAUUACAAAACAGAAAGUGUUAAAAAACAUAUUGGGGAAAUUCCAAAUAAACAUUUAUUAUAUCAGAUCGAUCAUAUACCUUCGUGUGUUCGUCGUUUAAAUUUAGAUAUUGAUACAACAACUGAUACAUUUCAUAUAUCUGGUAAAUUUUCAAAAUACUACUUUAGUAAAACAGAUUCAUUUCGUCAUUUAUAUUUCAUUGCAGAAGAGCAAAAACAAGAAUAUCUCUCGAAUGAAAAAGAUACGAGUAUAAUCAUUAACAAAAUGCUACUAUGUCGAAAAGGUAUCCAUUUAGAAACACUAAAUGCUCAAUUGUGUCGUCAAUGUUACACAGAUUUAUUAAGUAAUAAUCAACCAUCAUUAUCAUUAAGUAAUCUAAUGUGGAUUGGUAAUAUUCCCCAAGAAUUAAAAGACCUUACUUUACCUGAACAGAAACUAAUUGCAUUAUAUCGUCAUUCUAGUUGUGUCGUUAAAUUAUGUAGUAUCAUAGGUGAUCCAUCACUAGCUCAAUCAGCGCUUAAGGGAAAUGUAAUAACAUUUCCACAAAACCUAUCAGAUAUUGCUAAGCAACUUCCUUUAUCACUUGACGAACUACCUCAUAUUAUUAAAAUUAUUUUUGUCGGUAAAACAAUUCCAAGUAAAGACCAAUUAAGAUCAAUACUUACUGUUCGUCGAGAAAAAAUUCGAACAGCACUUAUUUGGUUGCAUGCAAACAAUAUCCUAUAUAACAACAUAGAUAUUAAUCAUUUACUUAUUGAUACAUUACCAACAAACGAAAUACCGGAUUGA